AAGAGUCAAGAAGUGAGUCAGAGAUUCCUCCUCCACUGAAACUACCCAGAGCCAACCAGCAGCAGCAGCAUGCCGGGCUGCGGAGUCCUCCUCGGGCUGUGUCAGUAUGAAACCAACAAGCUGGUCCGGAUCCAGAGCGUCCGGCUCGGCUCGUUGAAGUGGAGUCUGAACGCAUUCAUUUUGCUGUUUAUCUGCCUAAUGAUGCUGUGGAACAGGAAGUACCAGGAGUUUGAUCUGGUGGUGAGCUCUGUCACCACCAAGGUGAAGGGUGUAGCUCAGACCCACCUGCCGGGGGUCGGGGACGUGGUCUGGGAUGAGAUGGACUACAGCGGGCCCUCACAGGUCAAAAACUCCUUCUUUGUGGUGACCAAUGUCAUUGUGACAAGGAAUCAGAAGCAGGGAAAAUGCGCAGAGGUUCCCCUUAAAGGCAGAUAUUGUCGUACUGAUCAGGACUGUGAGAAAGGAGCCUGGCAUCAGCAGAGUCAUGGGAUUCAGACAGGAUUAUGUGUGAAGUUUGGUGUGUUGAAGAAGACCUGUGAGGUUUCUGCGUGGUGUCCAAUUGAAACCAAGACGACCCCUACGAGGCCUGCUCUGCUGGCAGCAGCCGAGAACUUCACAGUCCUCAUCAAAAACAACAUCAGGUUCCCUGCGUUCAACUUCAUCCGAAGGAACAUCCUCCCAGAGAUGAACGACGCCUACCUGAGGAGCUGUCAGAGAGGAAGGGACUUGCUGUGUCCCAUCUUCAGACUGGGAGACGUUGUUCGAGAGGCCGGAGAAAAGUUCUCUGAAAUGGCAGUAGAGGGGGGCGUCAUCGGCAUCCUGAUCAACUGGGACUGCAAUCUGGACCGGCUCAUGCAACGCUGCAAGCCUAAAUACUCCUUCAGACGGCUGGAUGAGAAAGAGAGCAACAAGACGCUCUACCCCGGCCUCAACUUCAGGUAUGCAAAGUACAACACAGUGAACGGUGUGGAGGAGCGAACGCUGUACAAAGCAUUCGGGAUCAGAUUUGAUGUCAUGGUGUUUGGACAGGCGGGAAGGUUCAGCUUCAUUCAGCUCAUCAUCUAUAUCGGAUCAACGCUGUCGUACUACGCUCUGACAACCAUAUUGAUCGACUGGCUGAUUGGAACCAGCUGUUAUUCUGCAGAGGUUGGAAAAAAAUACUCCGAAAAGAAAGUGGAGUCAGUCCAAGACAAGCAGAAGUGCAUCCUCUGUGUGUCCUACGUUGAUGAGAACAACAUUCGACUGGUGAAGAAAUCACAGAAGAAAAGUUUACAAGACAUGAAGCCAACAACUGUUCAGCCACGUAAGGAGGACACAGGACACCUGAGAGCCGUUCUCUCUCUGCUACAGCCGGGUGUCGGCUUGGAUCACGGCGCUCAGCCCCCCCUUGACCGUAAACCCGACCCGAACCCCAAACCCCGUCGUCCAGCCUGGUGUAAGUGCGACUGCUGCGCUCCCUCGCCGCUCCGUCAGGAGGAGCUGUGCUGUCGGCAGAGCGACGGCACCUGCAUCACCUCAUCUCCUCUCUUUGAGCAGCUUGUAUUGUGUCGCUCCCUGCUGGAGGCCGUCCUUCUGUACCAGGACCCUCUGUCUUCACCUGCUGAGCGAGGCCGGACCACCGCCCUGCGCCACUGCGCCUACAGACAGUACAUCAGUUGGAGGUUUGGGGUCCCACCUAACGACACCCACCCUGCCAUCCCCAGCUGCUGCGUGUGGAGAAUCAGGGAGGAGUACCCGAGCCUGGAUGGAAAGUACAGCGGCUUCAGUCCCACCAGGAUGCUGACCAUGCAGGACUGCGCUAACGGAGAGCUGUGAGGGGAUUGUUUCCACAUUACAGAGCAGGGACUCCCCCGCAGACUGACCUACUAGCAGUGUUCUUAUGUUAACAAGUACCUUACAAAACAAAAGAAAUGCAAUAAUUAAACUGUCAGUAAAAUUAAAAUGAGUCAGUUUUUGUCAGCUUGUGUUCGGUCAGAAGAGGAAAAACUUCACAGAAUCAGUAAAUCACUGCAUUUUCUACUAUCAUCUGUCAAGUCAUUUGGCUGCUCAUUAAAAAUAUCUGAAGCAAUUUUUCUCAGUUUCACUCCCUUUAAGCGGCUUUUUACCUUUUAUAGGGCAGAAAUAGAAUUUUUUAACAUUACUAACGCGCUUAGACAAAAUGAUUUCUCCUGCCAGGAAUGUGUUCAUAUUCAUCAUAUAUUGAAAGAUGAAGAGUUUUGUUCCUGCAGAGGAUAGAAAGGCAACAUAUAAAGAAAAAAACUCCCCAAAGAGGUCAUGGCAAAAACUGUUAAUUCAAUUCAAUUGGUAAAGACUUGAUUUUAGCACCUAAUAGAGCAACAGACAACCCACUAAUUGCAAUUACCUGCUGUAUCACAUUUGUUUAAUCAGUAUACAAACAGAAAUGUAAAAACAAGAGGUUGUGGUUUUAGGGGGAGUUACGUGCCGCACAUUCGUCACAGCGAAGGAACCAUCAGAACCUGUUCUCACAGACUGAAUCUGGCAAGUUUGGCAGAUGGAUAAACAGUUUUGUCAAGAAAUCAUUCCAGUGCCUAACUUUUCCCUAAAGCCUCCUAAAUAGUCUUUGUACUAAAACAAGUACAAGGUUUUAAUUAGUGAGCUUUGGACAGUUGUUUCUUAACUGUUUCCCACUGCUUCCAGUCUUUAUCACAUCAUGGUUACAGCUCCAUGCUUAAAGGUAUAGUUUAGCUUAUUUGUUUUUAUUGCCAAAAGUUAAAUGAAAAGAUUGAUUACUUUCACAUAUGUAUGCUGAAAAUGAAUCAAAAAAUGAAUAUAAUAUCUAAAAAUGAGUGUCAAAGGUAAUUUGAUUGGUAACUGGUCUCCGAUGGUUAACUAGUUCUGACAAGGAAACAGUCAAGCACAUGGAUUUUGUUAUCUAAAGACAAAGCCAUGCUAGCUGGAUCCACCCUGUGUUUAUGCUAAGCUACCUAGCUGCUGGCUGUAGCUUCAUAUUUACUGUACAGAGUGAGAAUGGUACUGAUCUGAUGUCAGUCUCAGCAGGAAAAGAGAAUAAACCUGUUU